AUGUUGAAAUACUUCGUCAUUAGUCUACUUCUUAUUUCCAACACUUUCUUUCCGAUUGAUGCGUACAUUCGUGUUUGUAAUAAUGGUGCAUAUUUAGCAAAAUGUUACCUUGAAUCACGCUCUCCAAAUUACGGAUUUCAUAUUCGUCGUUCUGAUACAGGACUGUUUCCUGUUGCUCAAUGUUCAACAAUGGAUACUCCUAUGAAUGCUGUUUGGAAUCGUCUUGAAUGUAAAGCACUUGCUUUUAUUGCUGUUUAUAAAAGUAUUUUUACUCAAAAUUUUGCAUCGGCUAUGUUUAAUUAUUGCUAUAAAAUUACUGGAACUACAUUGAAUCCAAAAUGGUCACAAACACAAUGUUAA